CGAUUGCCUCCGCCGCGACCACACGACCUGUGAGACUUCUGACUCACCCGCGCACCGACGACCCAAUAGGCAAGGGCCGCCCUCACAUCUAUCAUCGACAUCAGCAGCAUUCACGAUGUCGCGAUUCUUCCACGGCCAAGACAGCUCGAGCGAGAGCAGCUCCGACGAGGAGGAGUUGUACAGCGAGGAGGAGGAAGCAGAGGAGGAGAGCUCUGAGGAAAGCUCCGAAGAAGAGGAUGACGAUGACUCGAGCAGUGAUGAUGAGGGUGGAAAGACCGGUGCCAACCGUUUCUUGCGCGAAGUGUCAUCCGAGGACGAGGAAAGCGAUGAGGACAAAGUCACGAUUGUCAAGUCUGCGAAAGACAAGCGCUUCGAUGAACUGGAGGGUACAAUCCGCUUGAUUGAGAACGGCGAGAAGAUCAGCGACUGGAAUGCGAUUAACGAGAACUACGACAAAAUGAACCGACAACUGCCAACGCUCAUUCGUGAUCUGGAUGGCAAGGCACCAAAGAUGUACAUCAAAACAAUUGCGGAGCUGGAGACCCUGGUGGCCGAGACAUUCGAGAAGCAAAAGGUCACACCCGGCAAGAAGAUGAACCCCAUCGCGCAAAAGGGCCUGAACGCGCUGCGCCAGAAGAUCAAGAAGAACAACCGUGAUUACGCUACCGAGAUCGAGACUUUCAGGAAGGAUCCAGAUGAUUUCAUGAAGGAGGAUGUGGUAGAAGACACCAAGGCACCAAAGCCAAAGAAGGCCAAGUCUCCACUGGUCAGCAACGCCGAUGCGAUUGAUGCUGGCGAUGACGGCUUCACCAUGGUCGGCGCUGGUGGCAAGGCCAUGGUAUACACCCCUGAGAGCAUUCUCAAGCACUUGCGCUCGAUUGUCGAGUCUCGUGGCAGGAAGAACACAGAUCGUCUGGAGCAGAUCCGCAUCAUGGAGAAGCUCUUGGAUGUGGCGGUCAACGAUUACCAGCGAAUCCGUGUGCUUCUUACGCUGAUUGCAACCCGAUUCGAUUUGACUUCAGGUACUGGCUCUCAGAUGGCACAAGAGCAGUGGAAGCUGGCGUCGCAAGAAAUUGCCCAGCUUUUGGCUGUUUUGGAGAAGAACACGGCUAUUGUGGUUGUAGAGAACGCGGAGGAGUGGGAGGAUGACGAAAAGCUGCCCACGAUUACCGCCGACGAGAUUUUCAAGACUCCGGGCAGCGUGACUUCUUUCGUCGAGCGCCUUGACGACGAGCUUACCCGCGUCCUACAGCACGUUGACCCUCACACCUCUGAAUACGUCGAGCGACUGCAAGAUGAGGGCAUUCUCUACUCGAACAUUGUCCGCGCUUCCAUCUAUGCCGAGCGUUUGCGAUCGACUCCAAAACUGGAAGCAUCGCAAGAGAAUGUCAACAGAGUCGUCAUGCGCCGCCUCGAACACGUCUACUUCAAGCCUUCUCAAGUCGUUACCAUUCUCGAAGAGAACAGCUGGAAGUCAAUCUCGCCUAGCCUUGACUCUACCAUCACUCCGCGUGCCCAGAGCACUGACAUCACCAAUCUUGUCCAGACUCUGGCCGGCUACCUCUUCAAACAUGCCGAAGGCAUUAUCAAGGGACGAGCCAUGCUGUGCCAGAUCUACCACCUUGCCCUUCACGACCACUACUACCGCGCUCGCGAUAUGAUGCUCAUGUCGCAUCUCCAGGAGACCAUUGGAAGCUUCGAUGUCAACACCCAGAUUCUAUACAACCGAACUCUCACCCAAGUCGGUCUCUGCGCUUUCCGUGCUGGACUUGUGUAUGAGUGCCAGACGUGUCUGCAGGAUAUUUGUGGUAGCCAGAGGCAGAAGGAACUUCUUGCACAGGGUCUUCAACUACAACGCUACUCACAGAUCACGCCCGAGCAAGAGCGUUUGGAGCGGCAGAGACAGCUACCUUUCCACAUGCACAUCAACUUGGAGCUUCUGGAGUGUGUGUACCUGACCUGCUCUAUGCUUCUGGAAAUCCCGACUCUUGCACAGUCAGGGUCAUCACCAGACCUCAAGAAGCGUGUCAUCUCGAAGUCUUACCGACGCAUGCUAGAAUACCAUGAACGCCAGAUUUUCACCGGACCCCCAGAGAACACUCGUGACCACGUCAUGCAGGCUUCGAAGGCCCUUGCAGCUGGUGAGUGGAAGAAGGCCGCCGAAUUUAUCACGAGCAUCAAGAUCUGGGAUCUUCUGCCGCAAGCGGCCGAGAUCAAGACAAUGCUCGAGGGCCAAAUACAAGAGGAAGGCCUCCGGACUUACCUCUUCACCUACGCCCCAUUCUACGACACGCUGUCCAUCCAAAACUUGGCAGAGAUGUUCGACCUCGAGUCACGAAAGGUUGCUGCUAUCGUGAGCAAGAUGAUCCACCACGAGGACCUUGCUGCUGCUCUCGACCAAGUCAACAGCGCCAUCAUCUUCCGCAAGGGCGUGGAGCUCAGCCGACUACAGAGCCUGUCGCUCACACUCGCAGACAAGGCACAGCACCUCAUCGAGUCGAACGAGCGGGUAUUGGAGCAGCGGACACAAGGCACAUCGAACGCAUUCGAGAGACAGCCUCAGCGUGGCGGACGCGGUGGCCGGGGUGGUCGUGGAGGUGGCGGACGUGGUCGUGGCGGUCUUCCACGUGGCGGAGGCGGUUCUGGAUUCACGGGAGGCGCACUUGGUAAUGCCAUCAGGGCUCAGUAAAACUCAUGCGCCUCACGCGUGUUGGCGUUCUUUGUGGCAGGCUAUAGGCGGCAUCGGAUGAUGAGCAUGAUGGAAGCCAUGAUAGACGCUCAUGCUUCACGUAUGCAUGCAUUGAAAUGAAAGUUUUAGCGACGUCACCUGUGUUCAAAAAUUCAAUGUUUUGGCUCAUCAAAUGUGUCAUCUCAUUCUACAGCCGUUGUCCUAUGGCUUGACUCGAAGACCUUCGCAACGAUGUAUGCUUAUGCCUCAGCGCGAGCAUCAUGUUUGAAUUCCUGGAUAUAUCGUCGCAACACAAUAGCAACAGAUCCCAGACGGCGAGGCACGGGGCUCAGCGAUGGGGAUGGAGCGAAUACAUAUCUUGGUAGAGUGCAUGAAUGUUCGUCGUCUCCACAGCAC